GUCCUUUACAUUCGCUUCCGGAUAUACACUCAAUUGCUUCCGUGACAGUGCGGGGGCGGGGUAUCUCCUUCUUUUCUAACGGCAUUGGGCAGCUAGCAUACUGUUUUGUCAGCUUCUCACUCUGCCAUAUAUACCUCCAUGGACCUUAUCAUGCAGAGUCACAUCACCAUUCACUUUUCCGCUUUCCUGAAAUCUUGCCCAUCUUCCCCUCCUAAAAGUCACAUAAACUUCCCUAAGUGACCUCAAAAUGGCCGAUUCCAAAGAGCUCACCUCAUCCUGCUUCUGCGGACGCUCAACCUACACCUUCUCCGUUCCGACCUCGUCCCUGCCCUUGGACCUCCGUCUCUGUUCUUGCGACAUUUCUCGCCGCACCUCCGGCACCCUCUUCACCUCGUACAUCACCGUACCUGCCGGCAACCCCGAACCAGACCUAUCAACCCUGACCGCUUAUGAGUCCUCGUCCAUCCUAACCCGACACUUUUGUUCAACAUGUGGAACCCACAUGUUCCUCGAAUAUCGCGCCGAUGAACACUUCGAAGUCGCCUCGGGCACUCUCCAAUUAGAAAGCACAGACGGCAUCGUCGACUACAAAGACCACAUUUGGAUCGAAGACACCCUCGACGGAGGCGCCAGUCAAUUCGUCACGCACAUCAACGACAAGUGUCUAAGUCGCUAUCUCCGAAAAGCCGGUGAAAGCGAGCAAAUCCCUGUAGAAUGGAACCACCCCUCCCGUCCUCCGGCGUCCGAGACCGAAUUCAAAAAAGAGGAAGGUUACACUGCCGUGGAGCUCAGGAAUUACAUCUACGCCCAUUGCCACUGCAGAGGAGUCGGAAUGUAUAUCUGGGUGCCCAACCACGAGUUGGCCACUUCGCCCUACCCAGACCUGCUCAUCCCCUUCAACCUCCCCGACGCCGAGGAGAAGCGCCAAAACCACGAGGACGUGAAAUGGUUCGGGCAGAGCCGGAAACAGUACAAGGACAACGCGUACAUGCAGCCUACGCGACACCUAGCGGGUCUCUGUGCUUGCAAGUCGUGCAGGCGAGCGUCCGGGUUCGAAAUUACCGCCUGGGCAUUCGUGCCUACCUCAUGCAUUACCCUGGAUGGCGGGUCCAACGUAGGGUUCCAGCGCAAGCCGUUUUGGCCGGACAUGACGACGCUGAAGGAGUAUCGGAGCUCGGAGGCGACGACGCGGGCAUUCUGCGGGACGUGUGGGGCUACUGUGUUUUGUGACGUUGAUCGGGGUGAGCAGAAGGAUGGACCUUGGGGUGGCAUCAUCGAUGUGGCUGUAGGAUUGUUCGCGUCGAAGAGCGGGACUAGGGCGGAGAAUAUGUUGGCGUGGUGGCCGAAUAGGGUCAGUUUUGCUGAGGAGGCGUUGAAUAAGGGGUUGGUCAAGGGGUUGGAGGAGGGGAUGCGAGCUUGGGCGGAGAGGAAUAAGGGGGAGGACUAUGUUGCUGUGAUGGAGGGGCCUGAGUGGGAGAAGGACAAUCCUAUGGUCCAAAAGCGUGUAGGCGGUUCGGAGUAGAAAGAUGCGGCGGAGGCAACGGAAACUGAAGGGGGCAUAAAGCAGAAGAGGGAAAGCCUUGAUGAAAACGAAAUCGCCGGACAGGCAGGGCGCGGGUAUAUAUCAACUUACGUUUAAUCGAGAAGAG